GGAUGGCGCUCUCCUUCCUCCUCCUCCUCCUCUUCACCGUGCUGCUCUCCCUCAGCGUGUCAGCGUAUAAUACAUCAGCUGGUUGUGUGAUCAUCCGUCCUCCCAGAGAUGGAGGGAUCCGGUACAGAGGACUGACACAGGAGCAGAUCCGCAGGGUUCAGGUGCUCCCUGUAGAUUAUGAGAUCGAGUACAUCUGCAGAGGAAACAGGAUGAUCGUCGGGCCAAAGGUCAGGAAGUGUUUGCCCAACGGCACGUGGACCGACCUGAGCUUGCGCAGCAGAUGCUUGUUGUUAUGUCCUCGUGUGGGGACGUCUUUGGAGAACGGUCGGGUGUCUUCAUGGCCCCCGGGACCCCCCGUGGAGGAGACGGUGCUGCACUACAGCUGUCUGCCUGGUUUCAUCCUGAUGGGAAGAAACUCGUCUCAGUGCAACAAGAUGGGGAAGUGGGACACUCCCAAACCUGUGUGUCGCUUCUUUUUCUUCUACAUGAGCUCAUCUUUGUGA